UUUUUAAAGCACUAGUUUUUCACCAUUUUUGCAAGACACACAAAAUUGGUUGACAUUCAUAAGCAUGACAGACAUAUUCGCAUAAGGUGUACCCAAGGUUCAGCCAUUGGCCAACCAACAGUAACCCCAUCCCAUUCAGUUCUAUUCAGGAAAAUACAUGAUUGUGCAAGUGAGGUAGAGUGAAAGAUAUUAUUGGGGUAACCUUGGGUCCACAUUAGUUUACUUUUUAUGUGAACUAAUGAAAAACUUUAAUUCUUUUAAAGUUUUAUUAGAAACCAAUUCCCUGUGACGCUCCUGCAACUUACUGCAACAUACCGCUGUGUUGUAGCAAACAGUUAAGCAGCAAUGUUGUGAAGGAUUGCUGUGGUAGCCGGUAUGAACUGCCUGUCGUAUUAUUUGGAGGAUAAGCAGCUUUUCUCUAUCCCCACCUCGGAAAGAGCUUAAAGUCUGGAGGAAGGAAUUUCAUUUCACCAUAAGGCAGGAUUUCUUAUCAACAGCAACAAUAAUAAUAACUACUAUUUAUUGAGUGCCAACUAUUUCUAAGAACUAUGUGAUGUGCACAUAUAGAGAAUACAUAUAUAAAAUGCUCAUACAGAUAUCAUAUAUAUGCUGUCAUUGAUGUAUCCCAUCCUUGAACCUUCAAGUAUGAAACUGAGGCUCAGAGAGGUUAAGUGAUUUGUCUGGCCUUAAGAAUUGUCAAAUGCUGGCAUUGGUCAUUUUAGGGUUAAAAUUCUAAUCAGAAGCUUGUGAAACUGAGAUCAGUGGCCUGGAAGGUUGAUGAUUAUUUUUAGUUAUAAACUAAGCAGAUAACUCGCAGAAAGAGAUGUUGACAUCAGUUCCUGAGUCGUAUGUAAGUUUAAACAAACUAUGAAGGCGAGGUCUUUGGAACCCUGGUUAGUGAUUGCUUAACAAGAGUGCAGUGAUGACGAUGACAGUGACGACAGUGACAGUAAAUAGUGAUGCCUGCCACAUAGGGUGUUGGAGGAGUGAGACGUGAUGCAUGACACAUUAUUAGCACAAAUACAUGUAGGCAUUAUUAUCAAUUAAUUUUAUUACUAUUGAGAAAUCACUACUGACCCACAGCAUGAAGUACUGGGUGACUCUAAUACAAUUUUUAUUUUUCUAAUUCUUUGGAAGAAUGGGCAUUGUUCUCUGGACCAUGAUAUCUCUAAAGAUAUGUCCUGAGGAAUAAAUGUCAUCUUAAGAAGGCUAGUGCUCAAGCUCUUGUUCCUUUUAUAAUUAAAAAUUCAAAGCGAACUUUUUAUAGAAGUACAGUGCUAAAUGACAGCCUAGCCCCAAGGACCACUUGGUUAAUUAGCGCCCUUGCAUUCCACGAUUUCCUGAUGCCCGCUGCCACUUGUUGUCAGCUCUUUGAAACUGCAGAAAUUUGCCUCUGCAGGUGUGGAGAGCCUGUUUGAAUUAUAUAGGGUACAUGAGAGAGCAAAUUAUUGAGGUAAUAGAGCUGAAAAUGUGGGCAAUUAGAAUUUUUCAUAGCAAGAUUGUUCAUUGUGAAGCCAAUUCAUGAUUAUAUGCGUGCGUCUUGCUCCAGAUACUCCGCUACACAAUAAACUUCUUUGCUGGGAUGAAUAUGCAUGUGGGCUAAUUUAAUCAAUAUACUUGUGAACGUUGACAGUAGUGCUGUCUGACAGAACUCAUCCUUUGAAAUGCUGGCUGAGUUAAUGUGUGCAGUAUAGAUAUGGGCCAAGAUUCAUAAUUUGUGUUAAAAGAAGAUUGUUUUGAGAAGACACCACACUACCUGGUGGGAAACCGAAAAGCCUGCAUGAUGAAAGGCAAAAGACAGAGGGAUUAUUGUCCUCCUCCUUGUUGGACAGAAAACUCAAAUUCGUGAAACUAAACUGCAUCCUUUUGGAGAAUUUGCAAGGCAUGGACUGAAUUUUUCCUCAUGGAUUCAUUUGAAUUCUGGAAAUUGACUAAAAGGGGGGAUGGAGAUGGCUUUGUGCAUUGUUGGAUUAAAUGGAGGGCUGAGGAAGUGCCCUGCUCCAAUCUGCAAGUACUUGCCUUCUGGGAAUAUCAACACGUGUGAUCAGAUCACAUUCAGAGUAGGGGAAUUGUAGUCAUUUCCUAAAGAGCGCUUGCAACUGAAAUUGUCAUCUGAGAUGAGAGAACCAUGCAGGAGGGAGCCUAGGAGAAUAACUUAACCAAUCAGAAUACCAAUUUGCUAUCCAGAAACGAUGAGAUUCCCAGUGAAGCUUGUUUCAAUUAAUUCUGAUGCUUUAGCCCACUGGAACUAAGCACAGGACACCGUGGGGACAAAGAUCUAAGUGAAUGGCCCCCUGUUUGGAAAUACAAGUCAAUCUACAGUGAGUCCAUUUGUCCUAAGCUUCUUGGCCUCCACAGAUCUCGUGACUGUCUCAGCUCAAGCAUCCUCCAGACCUGAAAGCCCCUAGGAGCUGAAGCCUGGCUGAGGCCAUCAGUCUUGUAUCACAGAGACACCAAACUCCUGGGUCUGGACAACAACUGCUCCCCACCUGCACCCCUGCCGUCACCCCCGCCAGGCCAUGAGCCAUUCCACGGGUGGAAGUGCUGGGGCCAGCAUGGUACUUCCAAGGCCACCCCCGUCAUGAGCAGACCUCCAUGCCACACAGACAUUGCAGUCACAGCCUUAAACAUCAUUACUUCACUUCUCGUUAGUAAUCCACUGUGAGUCCGGGCCGACUGGACGGGCGUACUACACCAUUUUCAUUUUGUCCAGAUGCAGUCUGACUCGGUGUUCCCAAUAUGCCCUGCCCAGGGCCUUCCUGUUCUUACAAAAGACUAAAGAGACAUGCUUGAUCUCCCCUAUUUUUACGAUAGAAUCAAGAUAACUCUUGAAAGGCCCAAGAUUAGCAUCAGGUAGUUUUGAUGCUGACUUAAAUGGUGGGACUAAAACCUAAAAGAGGUUUGUUCAUCCCUAAUUCCUGUCCUUACACCCUGAGGUGAGACAUGAGCAGAAGCAGCUCCAAGUGAGUCUUCUUCAUUUCAUGUAUAAAUUCUGUUUACCUGGUGGUUCAAGGACUUUAUGUGGCCUAAUGAUUCUAUUCCUAGGGACCAGCGUAGGGGGAGGCUGGUUCUCAUUCUAGACGACUCAAUUCAUGUAGAGAAAAGCAGGCAAUAACUCGCAGCCAGCUGAUAUCACCUUUCAGGAUUUCUCUACUUCCACUUGGCUUUUGAGCAUCUCUGGAAAGUGUUAGGCAUAACUCACUUUCUCUCCAGUUGCAGAGCUGUGGCACAAACCUUUGCCUUGACUAUAUGAAACAUAUUGAAAGGGCUGUGAAGUAUGAGACAUUACUAGAUGUUAUGUUUCAUAAAGAAUUUUUCUUAAAAAAAAAAGCCCAGUGUUCACAUGAGGAGGAACACUUGGAAAUGACAAUUUUUGUUGAAUGCAACCUUAAACAUACUAAGAUGCUUAACUCAAACUGUACCUGUUAGUGUCCAAAGUCACCAUUACUAGAGUAUUAGAAAGCCUCCAAAGUCUAGAAAAUACGCUGGAUGUGAGAUUUGGAACUAUCUCUAAAUCUGAAUAAGCAAAGAAACUCCGUAUGCAAGCGCUGAAAAAUGAUGGCUAGCUUUUAGAAUAGCUUGCACUCCGUAAAAGUCACCACAGUGCUUGCAUUAGGCCCUGAGAAAGAGUUAGCAGUACACACAGUUUAUAAUGAGGUUAAAUCCAGUAGUUUCAUGUGUGCUCUUUCUAAGUAUUGAAUCCAGCAUCACCUCAAAUCCAAAGUAAGUGGUUGUGGAAUUAUCCCAGGAUAUGGGAUUACAUGAGAAGAAAAAGUGGGUUGUGGUCUAUGUGUGGUGCUUACAGUGUGGGACAUAUUCUUUGGACGAAGAAAUUACUCUGUGUAAGGCCUGGGGCUAGGUAAAGGCUGCAUGAAAAUGAACUAGACUGGGGCACGUGCAAUUGUGUGUGUGUGUGUAACUCAGAGACUCUAACAUGAUACCCAGUAGUGAAAACCAUGGGAAAUGAAUUUAGUGUAAUGACACAUUCCAGGUAAACCGGUGACUGUUCCCAUCCUGUCUAUAUAGCUCAGCGUUGGUCUUUAUUUGAUACAUAAAUUCUAUUUAAUAGUUGAUCUAAGCAUUUUCUUUUGCCUAAUUAUUCCUUAUUUUUUAAUCCUUAAUUACGCUCUUUUUAACUUUGAGAUAUUUGUGUUUGCUUAGAAAUGUGCUUUGUCUUAUUUGAGAAAUUUGGUGUGAUACAUGUUACUUCCUAGUCUUCCAGCAUGAGGCGUCUUUAAGUCAUCAAUUGGGUAGAAACACAUGCCCUCUGUACCAGAAAUUACUCAGUGUCCAGCGUAAAGAACUCACAAACAACAUAUCCUAUUUGUCAGGAUUCAUCAUUAUUAAAUUCAAACAGGAUAUUAACUCUGUGGUUAAAAGGUUUUGAUUGUACACAAAGGGACUAAUUCUUAACACAUGGCAACUGCAUUAAUUUUUUAAAAUAUAAGGAAUUCUUACCAUCAUAUAUAACUUAUUAAUAUUUUAAAUUGAAUCAUUUUCCUAACUAGACCUGACUUUUUAGAGUGUAUUUUUCUCUAGCAGUCAAGCUAUAAUGCUCAGCCAAGACAGAUUUAUGACCUUUUAAAAAUAAUGACGGAAAAUGAGAUGGGAGGAAACAUUUCAGUAUCUGCUUUGCUCUGAGUCCUAAACUGCGAACUCUCCAGUUCUUGAAGGCUUUGAAAUGCUGAUUCCAGUCUUCUUGUGGGUUCUUAAACACCUUCUCAAAUGACCCAUUUUAAUAACCCGAAAGCUAUUAUAUAACGAGCAGCCAUAAUUUAGUCCAGGGCUCUAGGGGGACCCUCACAGUUCAGCAAUGAAUAGUUAAUGCAGUAUAAUGUUUAGCAGGUUAUUAGUUUUCACUAUACAAAUGCUGAUCAGGGAACGCUUUUAUAAGGUGUUUAAAAGAAAAUGUAAUUAACUGGUUGCGUGCUUCUGUUGCAGCUCAAAUUGAAAUUAUUCCAUGCAAGAUCUGUGGAGACAAAUCAUCAGGAAUCCAUUAUGGUGUCAUUACAUGUGAAGGCUGCAAGGGCUUUUUCAGGAGAAGUCAGCAAAGCAAUGCCACCUACUCCUGUCCUCGUCAGAAGAACUGUUUGAUCGAUCGAACCAGUAGAAACCGCUGCCAACACUGUCGAUUACAGAAAUGCCUUGCCGUAGGGAUGUCUCGAGAUGCUGUAAAAUUUGGCCGAAUGUCGAAAAAGCAGAGAGACAGCUUGUAUGCAGAAGUGCAGAAGCACCGGAUGCAGCAGCAGCAGCGCGACCACCAGCAGCAGCCUGGAGAGGCGGAGCCGCUCACGCCCACCUACAACAUCUCGGCCAACGGGCUGACGGAACUUCACGACGACCUCAGCAACUACAUGGACGGGCACACCCCUGAGGGGAGCAAGGCAGACUCUGCCGUCAGCAGCUUCUACCUGGACAUACAGCCUUCCCCAGACCAGUCAGGUCUUGAUAUCAAUGGAAUCAAACCAGAACCAAUAUGUGACUACACACCAGCAUCAGGCUUCUUUCCCUACUGUUCGUUCACCAAUGGAGAGACUUCCCCAACUGUGUCCAUGGCAGAAUUAGAACACCUUGCACAGAAUAUAUCGAAAUCGCAUCUGGAAACCUGCCAAUACUUGAGAGAAGAGCUCCAGCAGAUAACGUGGCAGACCUUUUUGCAGGAAGAAAUUGAGAACUAUCAAAACAAGCAGCGGGAGGUGAUGUGGCAGUUGUGUGCCAUCAAAAUUACAGAAGCUAUACAGUAUGUGGUGGAGUUUGCCAAACGCAUUGAUGGAUUUAUGGAACUGUGUCAAAAUGAUCAAAUUGUGCUUCUAAAAGCAGGUUCUCUAGAGGUGGUGUUUAUCAGAAUGUGCCGUGCCUUUGACUCUCAAAACAACACCGUGUACUUUGAUGGGAAGUAUGCUAGCCCCGAUGUCUUCAAAUCCUUAGGUUGUGAAGACUUUAUUAGCUUUGUGUUUGAAUUUGGAAAGAGUUUAUGUUCUAUGCACCUGACUGAAGAUGAAAUUGCAUUAUUUUCUGCAUUCGUACUGAUGUCAGCAGAUCGCUCAUGGCUGCAAGAAAAGGUAAAAAUUGAAAAACUGCAACAGAAAAUUCAGCUAGCUCUUCAACACGUCCUACAGAAGAAUCACCGAGAAGAUGGAAUACUAACAAAGUUAAUAUGCAAGGUGUCUACAUUAAGAGCCUUAUGUGGACGACAUACAGAAAAGCUAAUGGCAUUUAAAGCAAUAUACCCAGACAUUGUGCGACUUCAUUUUCCUCCAUUAUACAAGGAGUUGUUCACUUCAGAAUUUGAGCCAGCAAUGCAAAUUGAUGGGUAAAUGUAUCACCUAAGCACUUCUAGAAUGUCUGAAGUACAAACAUGAAAAACAAACAAAAAAAUUAACCAAGACACUUUAUAUGGCCCUGCACAGACCUGGAGCGCCACACACUGCACAUCUUUUGGUGAUCGGGGUCAGGCAAAGGAGGGGAAACAAUGAAAACAAAUAAAAGUUGAACUUGUUUUUCUCAUGCAUAUGAUUUCCAUUAUGCCUACAGAUAUGGACCCUUUUUCUGUCUUGACUUCUUGAUCGUUGACCUCUGUUUACAACAGGAGGGUACUAAAGUCGGAGGAUUUCCUUUUCUUGUAGCUCACUGCCCACAGACUUUCCUCAGAGUCACCAAUCUGUCAGUAACAACAGAGAGUCCAGCAAUAAUCGGCGACUGGUGUGCAUAGCGGAGGUUGCGGCAUUACUUUGCACAACUGGCUCUUUGUUUCAUGAAGGAAGUUUUUAUUUUUUCGCCGAUUAUUGCCAGUCUGCAGGAUGGCAUGAAAAGGGUCCAUAGCAGUAGCAACAAUAGCAUUAUAAUAUAUUACAGGGUAAAUGGGCAUGAAGACUAUAUAUAGCUAAAAGAGAUAUUGUUUAUAUAUUGUUUUAAUUAAUAUAAAAUGUAGUUACUGGUGUAGCUUUUCCUGUUGAAUUGAUAAGGCACUUUCAUUUUGCACCUUUUUCUUUAAAUUAAAUGCUAGCGUGUUCACUGUCGUGUCGCAUGUGCACCAGAAACACAAGUUUAACCGAGAAGGCUUGGAAGGUACGUUGGGAGGUAUUUAUGCUGCUGUUUACAAAAUUACUUUUAAAAUACUGGCUGGUCAUAUCUAGAAAUCACCACGUUGGAUUUUUUUUUUAACAUGUGAAUUUGGAAUUAGAAACGGAAUUCUCCCUAAAUUAUACUUCGCUUUUUGGUAAGUUUAAUGAUAGAUGUGUUUAUGCUUCAUACAAAGUUGAAUGAUCAUUGUGGACAUAUACCAUCAUGCUCAUUUUUUUUAAAGCUUUUUAAAAUGCCACCUCAUGGAGGCGAGGGAGGGAAGCUCAUUUUACACAAUUCAGUAGUUAAAUACGGACUUGGUCUCAUCUUGCAACUCUUAGGCUUUGAGAACAAAUCAAAAACCAGAAUAUUUAUUGGAAUCUAGCUUUUAUUAUAAGAAGGACCCAAAGAUUAUAUCUGGAGCAAACACACACUCCCCAUGUGAGGACAUGAAGCAUUUGCUUUGUGAAUGUUUAUGUUCUUGGUAUAAUCUAGGAACUCUAUGAGUUUAUCUCAGAGUGAACUACUUCUAGAUUUGUUGUCAAUAGAUGCUAUAAUUCAAGAAUGUUGCUCUCCAUAUUUGAAAAACGACGGAUAGGAGGGCCAGGGGAGCAUACAAUGUUGAACCAGUUUCUCUUAUUUAAAUAUUAAAUACUUUAAGCCUUUAAAGUGAAGUUGAUGCUGGCUGCAAACAUUUACUCUUGUAUUUAUCUUCACUAGGAAACUGUGGACUGUAAUUUAUUUUAUUAAAUAUUUAGAAGAUUAUUUGGCUGGUGUGUUCAGGUGAGAAAUACUGAGUUGUUUCUGUUUAAUUUCAUGUUUUUUUUUUUUUUUUUUAAAUAAUCCCUAGUGUGGGCAGGGGAAAAGAAUAGUCUGAUAAACAGGUAUGCAUAUUUUAAAAACAAGUGACCUUUUGAGAAUGUAGGCAUUUAGACGAUGAUUUUAGUCGCACUAGAGUGGGAUUCAAACUACGGGUCAAAGACCAUUUUGUACAGAAAAGGGAACGUCUCCCAUGGAUGUUAAGGUAGGAGUUUCCACACAGCCCUUUCUGUCCAAGAAAUAGUCUCCUCUGCCACUGGUGUCCCUGUGGAAUCUUCCACAGGAAUUACAGCUUCUCACAUCAUGCUGGGUUACCAGCAUGGGCUUCCCAGAGCACUUCACUCUGUUUCUAACGCCACUGACUUUUCUGACUUGUUUCCUGAGGGACUUGGAAAACGGGAAGUUAUUAUUCACACAGAUGUGUGUAUGAAGCCUAAAUAACAUCCAACUUUUUUUUUUCACAAACAUAAUAAGGGUUUAACCAUAAAUAGAAGACAAGAGUAAUAGUCCUUUAAAUUUCUUACAGGCAUGUAAAAUUUUAUGUGUUUAUAGAAAGAGGCUACCUGUCAGCAUAUAGUAUUUAUAUGGGGCAAGAAGGGUUAAAUCAAAUCUUUAAUUUAAGUAAGCAUAGUUCCUUUAAAGAUCAAUAGUAUUUAUACUCUAAAAAGAGUACCAAGCUUAGUUCAGUUAUUUAUUUGUCCUUUUUUUUCCUGUUGUUUCUCCUUUGGGAGGAAAUGGUGUUUUGUUUUUGUUUGGGUUUUGCUUUUUUGGUUUUUUUUUGUUUUGUUUUAGUUUUGUUUUGUUUUGUUUUUUGUCAUUCAGAUCCACUAAAUUUGGGGAUGGUUUUAUUAAAGUAUAUUAACUUCUUUUUAACCAAAGCUUUCUGAAUAUGACCAGCCUCAGGUACUAGCACAUUAAAGAGCAACUAAACCUAAUUCCAGUGUCCGUUUGUGAAAUAAUAAGAACAAAUUGAAUUUCUCAAGGGUGAGAGAGAACAUAAUGUUGAACUUAAAAGAAAUUCCUUUUCUCAGUAAGGAUUCUGCAUGUACCUAGUGCAAAACAAAACAAAACAAAAACAGACAAGAAAACUAAUGCUCUAACCUCAGUAAUAGUCAUGCCAUGGUGACAUUGCUUUUAUGGUAAACCAUGAUAGCAUAACAUGAUGCUUCUUCCCAGGUGUUUCUGAAAGAAAAGCACGGGUGGAGCUUAAAAGCCAAGUCCAAUGAUUGACAGAGUAGGAUGAAAUAGUAGACAGAGACAUGCUCCGUGAAACAAGGAAACAACUGACUACUAUUUGGAUCUAAGUUAGGAUCUGAUGUUAAACAAUAAAUUCAGUUAGAAAAAAAUACGGAGCUCAGAAAAGGAUGUGAAAAACUUUGCAUUUUCCUUUCUUCAUGAUUAUAAAAACACCUAUGUGAUGACAUAAAAUACUUGGGUGAUAUCAGAACAGUCAUCCUUAAUAGUUCUUCUAAUUAAAGCUUCCUAAACUUCAACAUCCAGUAGUCUUUUAAGGACUGGAACCACAUCACUGUCAGCCUUGCUGCUACAAUGGCUUUAUAAUAAUUUUUUUUUACAUAAGGCAAAUAAGGCUUUUGUACAAAGCCUGAAUACCUUCUGUUCCAAUGGUGUCCAAAUGGUUAUUAUAUUGUGAAAAACCUGGCCUUGGUCACAAUGCAAACAAAGGUACAGAUGAAAGUGCUUUUUGGACAGUUUGCAAAUUGUGUUAAAGCUAUGGAUUUUUUUUAAGUGUUCAGCAUCUUACUUUGUAUUAAAGCUAUGGAUUUUUUUUUUUUAAGUCUUCAGCAUCCUAAUUCACCCUUUCUAACUUAAGAAAAACAUGACUUAAGACACUGCUUCUAAGUUUGGUUGUUCUUUAUUGUGUAGAUACCCAGUUAUCUGUGAGCGUAUGGGGGUGGGCUGAGGGUCAGGUGAGGAAGGAGCGUGUGUGUGUGUGUGUGUGUGUGUGUGUGUGUGUGUGAGUGAGAUUUGCACGUGUAUGAUGUGUGUGUGUCGGACCGCUUCUAGGCUACUAAGUGUCAAUGGAAAAGAAAAUGUAUUCAAAAUACUUAAAUCAAAACUAAGAAGAUGGGAAAAAAAAAGAUUUAUUCUAUACAAAGCCUUGUCUGGACCACUUUAGAGAGACUUCUAUUUUUUUAACCCUUCUAUAAAUAUUUGAUGGCACUUGAAAUAUUCCUGCAAUAAAAUGUGAUUUGUGUAAAGAAAAAAAGAUUUUGUAAUGUGAAACAAAGAAAGAAAGUAAUGUAAUUUUCUAAAAAAAAAAAUACAAACAAACAAACUUUGUAUUAUUUUCUUGAUGGAAUUUGUCUAUCUGUCUUUGGAAAACUUUUUAUUUCAUUGAAUGUGCCAUAGUAGAAAUGUGUGUUUUUAGUUUUAGACUAAGGAAUAGCUAGCUGUUGUGUUCCGACAUUCCAAAAUGCAAAACAACCUAGUAGUAUCUUUCAUGAAAAGGUUUUAGUAGUAUGUAAGCUUCUCUCAUUGUUGCUUUUUUGCACAUGUUCUUCAUUCCUCUCUAGUGCAAUAUGUACAUAGAGCACUUGCGGGUGUACCUUGAUCCCUCAGGGAAAAAUACAUAUUUGUACAGUUUUUUGGGUUUUUUUUUUUGUUUUGUGGGUUUUUUGUUUUGUUUUGUUUUGCCUUUUGUUUUUGGCUAAGGAAUGUCGAUCGAAUCACUUGUUAUUGUUGAGGGGCAGCCAGAUAAUAAUCCUAAAGCCACUGUUUCAAACAUUGAUUGUUUAAAUCAUAUGUCCUUCCAAUGCUAUUAUUUUAAGAUAGUAAUAAAAAGUUAUUUUUCUGAUAGUUCUUUGUGCUGAUUGGUGAAAAACAAGGGUAAAUAAGCACCUUAUGAUUGACUUACUGUGAAUGACAAUCCAUCUUGAUAUCAACGAUAGAAGCCCUAUCAUUUUGGAGUUGGGGUUAAGAGUCAGAAACAAUGUGCUCAGGGAUCUCCUAAAACUCUUAAACAGGGUGGCCAGUACUACUGGGACAAAUUGUGUUUUUUAUUAUUAAUAAUAAUGAUAAUACUAUCCCUCCAAGGCACAAGUGAACUAUAUAGAACUGCGUGUGUGUAAACUCUUUACUCUCAUCUCAUUUUGUUGAGUUCAGAACUUGAUGUGCUCUUCAGUCUUGUGUUUCAAAACGCUGAAUAACUUCCAAAGCAAAGUUAUGCCAGUGUGUUUAAAAGAUAAAUUAAUAGGUAAUGUACCAGCAAAGAGCAUCAUUCAAAGUAUAGUCCUUGCGUAUUCCAAUUACCGUUUCUCUAAUUAAAAUACUCAUGAAAAAAAAUGUAGCAUCAUAUGUUUAAAACUCUUUCAAAUUCUACAUAUUAAGGAUAAAAAUUUUAAAAAUCAGUACAGCUAUUUAGAUAAAAGAUAAAAUAUGUUUUAAAAAUACCAGCAAUUAACUACUGUUAUCAUGUGUUCUCCUCUAGAAGCAAACCAAAAAUUCCUUCAUGGAAAACAGUUCUUCUGCUUUGUAGUUUAGAGCCGAUGCAUUACACGAGCUAAUGUUUAAAGACAAAACAAAACCUGCCUGUAUGACAGCAGCAACUCAAGCCAACAUUAGUGUUACAUGUUAUAUGUUUGAAAUACAGUUUUGCUACCAUAUUCCACAUAUUGUUUUCCAUGAAGUCAGAGAAGUUCAGUGUAACUGUUGGCUCUGAUUCUUUCACCUUGGGAUACAAAUUCACAAGAAGAUUUAUAUAUUUUCUUUCUAUAACAGAGGAGCAUAAUGUGGGAAAACUUCCCAUGCCUGUAAGUUGAAAAGGAUACCUUUACCAUGUUGCUUUUGAUAAUAAAGAAUAUGGAACAUGGUAGAAAUCUCUCCUCUGGGUGUGUGUGUGUAUUGGUAUAUUUGUGUGUAUACCCACACACAUUACUGACAUUUUUAUAUAACGUGUGAUUGCCACUUCUUAUAAAGUUAUGAUAUGGAACCCCAUGAAAAUAACUUUAUACUGUAGAUCAAAUAAUGUGCCCAGAAAUGGAACUGCAAUAGUAAAUCUUGAUCUAUUGGUAAUAUUCUAUGACACAGGUCUUCAUUCUGUCUGUAAACAUAAUAAAGAGGUUCCACCAGAUUUUAUUAUAGAGACCUUCCUAUUACUAUUUAUUUUUAAGAGAUGAGAAGACUGACUAGCAAUGUCUCCACUGUGCAACUGGUUUCACUUCUGGGUCUGUUUGUUUAUUUGUGUAGGUGAGAUCAGUGUUGUCAGGCUGCCAGAAUAAUUUUUAUAAGAAUCCAGAAGCCUGACUUCAUACCAAGGAGCCAUCCUAGAUGGGCGGGAAGGAUCUCCAUGUUCAACCAAACCCUCAGAACUUAGAGCAAUAAAUACAUUCAGUCAUUUAUUUAUGAAUGAAUGACAGAAUAUUCAGUCCAAAUAGAAACAGCCUUUUUCAGUGAUGCAACAUAACAUGGAGUCUUUUAUUGAGAAAGUGAAUAUGAACAUUUUAAAUAGAUGCCUAGAAAAUCUGUUUGCUGUUUACAUUUAGUGUACACAUUAGCAGUACCACACUUCUUUUUCUUUCAUGCUUCUAAGAACUAAUGAAAGAUAGCUUGCUAUUAGCUUUGUCAUGCUGCACAUGCCAUUAUGUUGUUCUCCAAGAGCAGCUAAAUUCUCUCCAGAGUUCAUGUGUGAUUCCUUUUUCAACAAUAUUACUUUAAUGUGGAUGAAUACUAUUUCUAGGAACUUGAUUAUCAUUGAAAAGAUUGCAUAUGUAAAUGCAGAUAAUUCUUGAGCAAUAUAGUGAAAAUGAUUUCACAAAAAAAAAAAAAAAUCUGUAUGUACUGUAUACAUCUUCCUGCAUCCAAAAUUCUCUUCUUAUCCACAGUUUGAAAUCUCAUAUUAAACAGUGGUAAAUUUUUAAACAUUAGGACAUUAGCUGGCUGCUUCUUUAAAUGUACAUGUAUUGUCUGCCUGCUCCUUUUGUGGAGAUGUGUUUUUGUAUUGGAUGUUUGGGCCAAUGGGAGGCUUCAAGCUACAACAUAUUUUCCCAGUUUAAAUAAUAUUUAACAUAUGACAAACCCCAGACAAGGCUUUUAAUAUGUAUAAAGAACUGCAGUGUUAGGUGGUUUAUUUGCAAACCGUUUUCAAUGUUGUCCAUUUUUAUGGCACCUUUAACAAUAUUCUUGUUUCCAAAGUACAAAAAAAAAAAUAGGUUAAAUAAUCUAGCCAUAACUGAAUGUCAAGCAAUAAAACAAAUGACUUUUGUGCAUAGACUUAAAAAAUACAAAUUUUAGACAUCUGCAUGUAAAUGCAAUCUCUUGUUUACUGCUUUCUUCAACUUGAGCAAUCGAUUCCUUAUUUACUAUUAACUUAAGAACUUGUAAUGGCCUGUAAACAUUUUCUCUCUUACUCUUCUUUCAAAUUUACCUGUCCCUGCUUUUGAGUCAUAUUUAAUGUUGUUCUGCACAUCUCUAUACAGUUAACUUUUUGGCUUUCAUUCUGUAUAGAUAAGAAAAUGUUAUAUUAUAAACAGCCUACUCAGUGCAAAUAUUUAUCUGUUUAUCAAAUCCACAAUAUGCUGUAUAAUACCGGUUUUACUAUAUAAUCUAUUUUAGACAUAGCUGUUUAGAACUAGAGUGUGCUAUUUUUGUGUUUUUCUGAUGUGUGGUGCUAGACAAGUUACUUUUGUGAACAACAACAAAAAAUCCCUUUUAUUCCUAGACAAUACCACCUUUGGGUCUUGUUAAUUUCACUGAGUAUAACUAUAUAUUUGUAUAUAUAUACAUAUAUAUAUAUAUAUAUCUACCUACGCCCAACUGGCAGCUGUAUCAGAGUGCUGGAUUUGGGACAUGCUUUUCUCUUUAAAUACAUAAUAUCGUUAUAUAAAUUAUUCUAGAGUGUAUUUAAUUAGGAUAAAAUUACUUCCUUAGUAUGGAUAUUUGACAUCUAUAGGGUGAAUUUGUUUAUAAAUACGGCUAUAUGGAAACUUACUAGCAUUUACUUUAUGUUUGCGACUUGGCUUUAUAGCAUAUCUCCUAAGCUGAAAAAUAAUUUUGCCAGGCCUUCAAGAUCCUAAAGAAACUUGUUUAAUGGAGUAAUACACUUUUUUUUCUUAUUAAGGAAUUAUAUUAUUGGCACCUAACAGAGUUGUAUACUUAGCUCCUAUUAUAGAUAACAGGCAUUUAUAUAAAAUAUCCUAGGUGGCUUGAUGGCAGAAUAAACCUUUCCCCUCCUACCUGAGUGAUGAGAAGGAUGGAGACAUCCUCUGCCAGAACAUGGGCCAUAAAGCAAAUUCGACAAGGGAUGUUCUGUUUCAAUAUGACCUCAACCAGUUCCAUGAACUGAGUGAAGGACCUUCAUUUUUAAAGUUAUUUAAUAAUAAGCUUACUUAAACCUUUUUACCCAUUCUCCCAAGAUCUAUUGGCAUUAUUGAAAAGCAAAGUAUAUCAAAUAUCUAACUAAGGAUGUAGUUAACCUUAUUAAAUAUUGAUUAGAAUUGUUCUGUAAUAUUACUGAAUUUGUAAGAUCUUUAGCAAAGAUUUUUGAGCAAUUUAUAAAUGUAGAGCAAAUGUUUCUGUUUACUGCACUUUUUGUAAUUGAAGGUGAUAAAUUCUCAAGCCAUGAUUAUUGGCUUCCAUGCACUGCAUAUUUACCCACAAUUCUAGACAUUUUCCAUUUUUGUGGAAGAGUUGCUGUUACCUUAAUUAUAAAUGCAAUUGUGUGGUUAAUGAGAGCUAAUGCUAAUAGUUAACCUUUUAAAGUGGAUUGGCCACAGUUUAGGGAGAAAUCUCUUUUAAUAUAAAUCACAUCAUUCCUUAACGGCCUCGCUUGGAAAGAGAUUGAAACCUUUUUUUUUUUUUUUAAAGCCCCAUUUAGCAUCCUAAGCUUCCUGAGGGUAGAGAUUGUAUAUAUCUCUUUGCGUCUGCACAAAGGCCAGCACAUGUCAGCAUUUGACAAUGGUUACAUGAUAACAAGUGUGCCCCAUUAAAACUUUUUUUCCUGGGUUGUUUUGUUAAAUUUAUAAAGUAAGGCAAGCCUUAUGGUUAAUAUUUUCUUCUACAACCAACUAUUUAAGCCACAUUUAAAAAGACCACAUGAAAUGCUGAUUCUAAUUGUGUGUAGGUCUUGAGGAUUAAGCACACAAAUUUCACAAACCUCUGUGAGUAACAAACUCAGCCUUCUGUAAAUAUACAUGCGAGUUUGGAAACGGUAAUACUGUACCUAUAAAUAUAUGCUGUCUGUUUUGUGUACAGUAUGUAAAAACUCCUUUUCUGCCACACUAAAAAUGCAAGCCAUUUAUGGGAAUCCUAAAACUAGCAUUGAACUAAAACUUUGCUAAUGAUCUUUAUUAGAGGAUCAUCCAACUUUUCACUUACAUUCGGUUUUCUUUUCAAUUCACUCUUACAGUAGUCUGCUUAUUCCCAGCUGUUUAUUUUAUUGAGUCCUGAAUUUAAAAAAAAUAUUUUGAUUCAUUUUGUAAAUACAAGCUGUACAAAAAAGAGAGAUUUAAUGUUGUCUUUUAAAUACUCCAAUUUUCAUUCUAAUAUGAAUGUUGUUAUAUUGUACUUAGAAACUGUACCUUUAAUAUUACAUUACCUUUAUUAAAAGUGCAUUGAACACAUCAAUUUUAGAUGUGCUUUAUGUACUGUUAUCCUAUAAUAAAACUUCAGCUUCUAAUGGAA